GAGCUGAAUUCGUGCCGAGUAAUAUUGCGUAUUCUUCAAUUUAUUUCGUUCGUUACUUGUGUAACCAUACUAAAGUAAAGCGCGAGUUACGUAAAGUUGAAAAAAUUAUUAUUAUUAAUAGAGAAGUUUUGAAAAGACCGCUUUUAAAAAGAGAGUAUAAUAUAAAUGUAUAAGUGAAGAGUGAAAGAUAGACAAAGAAAGAAAGAAAGAGAGAGAAAGAGAGAUAGAUAGGAAAGCAAAAACCACCGACUACCACCUUGUACGUCAACAUCAAAAUGAGGAAAUCAUCGUAUGAUAAAUUUAACAACGCCAAGCAACGUAAUAACGUUUUAACAACAAAUACGUCAUACGUUUUAACACCUAACAAUAGUAACAAUUUAAAUAAUGUGAAUCUAAAAUAUAUCAGCAGUUAUCAAAGUUGUUACGAAAAUUUGCAAGAAAAGAAUUAUUUACAAAGGAGCAUUUCUGCGGACAAUGUAAUACGAUCACGUGGAUUUAAACCCUCAGACAGGCACGAUCCCGUCAAAAGAAACUUUCUCGAGAAUUUAACUUCGAAAAUACUUCAUUUCGAUAUGGAAAGCGGGGAAAGAACUCCAAUGAAUCUUCAAAAACUGCUUACACCGGCUUCAGAUUCGCAAGAACCUCUGCAUGCAAAAAAUAAAAAAAUGUUUGCAUCCUCGUAUUUUUAUGCACCAACUCAUCCAACUGUCGAGGAUCAAGUUGAACUGGCACGUAGAAUUUCUUUAUCAUUGAGCGAUGUUAAAAAUAUGAAGAGCAAAGGUCAAUCCAUGUAUGUAAACAGAAAGAAAAGAUCCGUCAAAUGGAUUCACGAUGGCAAUGGUACUGAAGGUGAAGAGGAACCAUCUUCCCCUAUGCAUAAGGAUAAAGUACCUCUGAAGUGUGUAAUGAAUCCACAUGGGAAAGUAUUGGAUAUUCAUGGGAUUCAGGCUCUUGGUGAAGAAGUUAAUAUCGAGCCAAUGCCCACCCAUCCUGAAAAACUCUUCGACAUUGUUCGUGAUCUUAACAAUCAAAGAGGACGUGGUGCUGAAAUAUUUGCUAAACGUCGAAAAAGGUCAGAAAAAUGGGUCGUUGAUCAGGAACAAGUUAAAACACCUAGUACACCAACUGUAACAAAAAUACCUAGUUAUCCCUAUCAAUCGGAAAUGAACGGUAACAGCAAAUAUUCUACAUUGCAAUCACCUUAUUCGCAAACGGAUAAAUCAUUUUAUAAUCCAUUUGCAGUGGAUCUUAGUUUAGAUAACAUCAAUCCUCCAGUGACGGGUAAGUAACAACAUCGUCAUCGUUCAUGUCAAUUAACAAACGAUUGCAAUCAUUCGACAAAAAUAAAAAAAAUUUAUCUGAGAGAAGUUGCAGUCGGUACAACAGACACAGAUUUUCCAACGAUAGAAAAUAAAAAUGAAUUUAAUAAAAAAAAAAAGGAUCUAACAACGCGUCGUGGCAGCAGCGGCCUGAGCAAUGGCAUCAAAUCAAACAACAAUGCUGUUAACAAUGUUGAAAGGCGCUUUAACAAGUUGCUUGGUAACAAAACUAACUCUAACCAUGCAACGCAGCAAAUAUCUAACACUAAUAACAAAGAAAUGAAAAUUAUUAAUAACAACAACAACAACAACAACAACAAUAUCAGCAACAAGAACAAUAGAGAAACUGUCAAACAACAACGUAUUAGCAAUCAUUUUUCUCAAGAUAAUUUUAUCAACGAUAGGACAAACAAAUUAUGGAAUAAAUCACAUGCCAUUAAACAACACGAUGACGAUGAAGAAGAUGAUAUCGAAAGAUUGUCAGACAGUGAUGCUGCUAAUGAAUAUACACCUGUUCCUGUUAAACAAUUGAUUCAAGAAUUUGAAAAAACCUGUAGACCGGUAUUACAAUACAAACAAAUAAGUCCCAAAGUUAUUCCUAUUGUUCAACAAUGUCCUAUUGACACCAACAUAGCACGUUUCUUUCAAACUAGAACUAAUAAUGUUAAAUAUAAUGAGCAAGUAACAAGAAAUGAUGUGGAAGAUGAGGUGGACGACGACGACGACGAUGAUGAUGAUGAUGAUGACGAUGACGAAGACGAUGAAGAAGAUGAUGAAGAUGAAGUCGAGGAUAAAUAUAUACGCAGAAGAACGAAUCGUGAGACUAGAAGGGAAAAACAGGAAAUGAUAAAUAAACCACCUAAUCGUCAAUUGCGUAUCGACAAUGGAUAUUUAUCAACCGAUGAAACUGAAUACACUUCAGAUUCGGAUUCAUUACGUACAUAUGAUUACAAGGAUUACAAUAAGGAUUAUAACAAGGACGAGACUAAGAUGUAUCAUUACGAACAAAUAACUACCAAUCAAAAUGGAAAUGAUGAUCAAUAUUCGUCUAAUAUUAUUAACGAAGAAUAUUUACAAAAACGACGAAGAUCAGAAACGUCACAAGAAUUAGAAUCUUAUUGUAAUGGAAAUGUUAAAUUUGUCAACGAUGAUUCUGUAUUACCGGCACAAGCAAAAUCAUUUUUAUUAUCCAUGGUUGCAUCGCAAGAUGAUAUAUUAAAAAAAAUUAAACAUCUUCGGAAUACACCUGUAUUGGAUAAUCUUUUACCUGGCGGUGUUGUCACACCAGAACCCAAAUUUACUGACUCCUGUCCGGAAGUAGGUACGAAAUUGUAUGAGGAUAAUGAUACGUAUAAAGGACCAAAAUUGGCCAGUGUUCAUAAUUUAACUAAUUAUAAUACUGCACCACGUGGUUGGGAUCAAUCAUUAACGUAUUAUCGGCCAAUUAAAUUUGAAAAAUCACAGGACACCAUUGUGUAUUCCGAUUUUUAAUUAUUAUUACCACGACGUUUUCUUUUAUGAUCUUUUAUGCUCUGACAAAUGGAGUCAUAUUAUUAUUAUAACGUAAUAGGUACAAAGCGAUUAUAAAA